AUGACCCAUGGAAGAUCUGGGAGAUCUGCAAGCCCGCAGCUGGGCCCAUUCACCAAAAUGAUGUUCAUUGCGCCAUUGUCACGCAAAACCAGGUUAACACUUACAUGUUCUGAGCAAGGCUACUGCAGGCUGUUUAUCCUUUGCCCGGCCAGGUUUUGUAAGUGUGUGAACCUCGCAGAUACAUCUUACCUCGCUUGCGAAAAUGGAUUUGGUGUCCAGCGCAUUGGCUAUGUGGAGCGGCUCCUGAAUAGAGCAAAAUUUGGAUGCCGCCUGCGGCAAGAGGGCCAACAGUUGCAUGUGACGCUCGUGCGUCGAUAG